GACUGCCGUCAGUGUAAUGACCCUGCCUUCAUUUACAAUGCAGCUAAAUUCACGCUGUAUUGUUUAAUACGUGAAACUUUCGACAACGUGUUAAUCACAUUUUCUACCUAGAGCUAAAGCUGUCGUGUUUACUCACAACAAUUUUUCAGCAUUUCCAUGAAACAAUACAAAUCUUGUAUCUUCUUCAAUGUGACAGUAAAAGGAGUAUUAUUUAACACGGUUUAACUAUAUCAGUUUCAGCUAAACAAAACAAUCUAUUUCACUACAGAAAUGGUUAUCCAACUCAUUCGCCCGCGAACUUACGAACUAUAAACUCAACACGACAAGAACAUGCUCAUUAUUUAUGCUGGAGUAUGCUGAACGCAUACAGUAUCGCACCAGAUAUUACCCACGAGAAAGGUUGAUUCAGAACUGGAAGAACGGAAAGGGAAACAUGCAGAAGGUCGACAGCACGCUAAAGGAGAAAAUUGACGAAUGGCUUGAAUGGGACAAGAAUGAAGGCACUACCCAGGAAAUCAAGUCACUCUGUGCAUCUGGUAAUUAUGAAAAGUUGUCAGAUAUUUUAUUAAGUCACCUUGAAUUUGGAACAGCCGGCUUGCGAGGACGAAUGGGGGCCGGUUAUGCUCAAAUGAAUGAUUUAGUCAUUAUACAGACGACACAAGGAUUUACAGCUUAUUUGGAAGAGGUAACAAAACAGUCACAUGCUGCAACGAAUAGUGUUGUUAUUGGAUAUGAUAGUCGCCACAACAGCAAAAGAUUUGCUCAGUUGGCUGCAAACAUUCUCAUACGCAGAAAUGUGCAAGUGUAUUUGUUCUCACAAAUAUGUCCAACACCUUUUGUACCAUUUGCCAUUCUGCAUUUCAAAUGUGCUGCUGGAAUCAUGGUGACUGCAUCACAUAACCCUAAGGAUGACAAUGGAUACAAAGUCUAUUGGAGCAAUGGCGCACAGAUCAUAUCUCCUCAUGACAAGAACAUACAGAAGCACAUUUUAAAUAAUCUUUGCCCCUGGGAAAAUUCAUGGGACACAUCAAUAUUACAAAGUAGUCCUCUCAUGAAAGACCCUCUACGAGAAGUGUGGGAUGCGUACUACAGCAAAAUUCAAGAUGACAUAUUGUUUGCAAAUUUAAAUGCUAACACAUCCGUUAAAUUUACGUAUACACCACUGCAUGGUGUUGGAUAUCCGUAUAUGUUACAGGCAUUUAACACAGCCAAUUUUAAGCCAUUUAUAGCAGUUGAAGAACAAAAGGAACCUGAUCCAGAAUUUCCCACUGUAAAAUUUCCAAACCCAGAGGAAGGAAAAAGUGCUCUGAAUCUUUCUUUCACCACAGCAGAGGCUAAUGGAAGUACCAUUAUUAUUGCCAAUGAUCCUGAUGCUGACAGAGUGGCAGUAGCUGAAAAGUCUUCUUCUGGAGGUGAUGCGUGGCACGUAUUUACUGGAAAUGAGUUAGGUGCCUUGUUAGGAUGGUGGAGCCUUUUUUGCUUCAGAAAACGCUUUCCGGAGACGGAUAUGAAAGAUGUUUAUAUGAUGGCCAGCACUGUCUCUUCAAAAUUUUUGAGGUCCAUGGCAAAUGUGGAAGGAUAUAAUUUUGUGGAAACCCUGACUGGCUUUAAAUGGAUGGGAAAUAAAGCUGACCAACUUAUUGCAGAAGGGAAGCAUGUUAUCUUUGCAUUUGAAGAAGCGAUUGGUUUUAUGUUUGGAACAGCAGUGCUUGACAAAGAUGGAAUUUCAGCUGGAAUACGUGUAGCUGAAAUGGUGGCGUAUUUGCAGUCAAACCAGCUGACCCUCACUGAUAAGCUGAAUGAUCUGUAUACAAAAUAUGGUCAUCACAUAAGCAAAAAUUCUUACUUCAUAUGCCAUAAACCAGAGAUAAUGAAGAAGAUAUUUGAAAGGUUACGAAACUUUCAAGAUGCACCAGGCACUUAUCCAGGAUCACUUUUACAAGGAAAAUACCAAGUAAUUGGUGUUAGAGAUCUUACAACUGGUUAUGAUUCCUCACAACCAGAUAAGAAAGCUCUGCUGCCUACAUCAAAAUCUAGUCAGAUGCUGACUUUCACAUUUAAGAAUGGACUAGUUGCUACCCUGCGUACUAGUGGUACUGAACCAAAACUCAAAUACUACACAGAGCUCUGUGCGUCACCAACUGAACAGAAUAUUGAAGUACUCAAAGAUACCUUAGAAGAUAUGAUCAAAGGCAUUGUUGAAGAAUUUCUGCAACCAGAAGUUAAUGGGCUCAUCCCAAGGCAAUAACAACAUGUAAUAACUGUAUUGUCUUCACGUGUACAAUUACAAAUGUACUUGUAUUUACACAAAGUUUGUACAUUCAUUCAUUUCAUUUUCUGGGUUGUUAAUAAUAUGUUCCCUCAUAUUAUUGAAUAUUGGAAGAUAUUUGAACAAGGGCAUUUUCAUGAGGAGGAUACAGUGUCUCAAAACUAAGGUUCCACUGUAUUCUAGCCAGCUUCUCAUUUACUGUGUACUGCGAAGAUUCUGAAGUUCCUGUAUUUAUACUUCAAAUAUGUAAGUUAAGAAUUCGUAGUAUGCAGUUCAAACAUUUAGUGGAAAAAAUUAUUUAAUUUCCAAAUUUUCUUGUUUUUGUGUUGAUUGUUUGUAAUAAUUGAUGGAGUCAGGAACAAAUAGUUUCCAGCAUUUGACUGAUUUGUGACUGGUGGCUCAUACAGCUAAUAACAUUAUUGAGAAUAGGAUUCCUAUUAAAAAUUUUGCUGAUAUGAUGCAUGGUUAGUUGCUGAAACUUUGUAUCAUUUGGGUCAGUAAUUCCCACAAGAGACUGUUAACCUGUUGUUAAUUAACUGUUAAAAACAAACUGUAUUAUGUUACUACUUCUUUUUUAUUACUAUUAAAAAAUAUCCACAUUUUAGUUACAAGCAGUUUCUCAUUCAGGGAUGGUCAGACUUUCAGACAAGAUGGAUCAGUGUUUACAAUAAAAGUUACUGAAAACUUAA